UUUCCGAAUAAAACCCGAUUUUGUUCGACCUUAGGCAAUCGGGUUUUAUGUUAAAACCUGAAAAACUCAAUUGCAAAAAACCAGUUUCUUGGUUGAGCACGAUUCACACGUCACAGUCGUCUAGCCAAUCAGGUCAUGGCCAGGGUUGUAGCCAUCGCGAUCAAGGUGGGGGGGAGAAGCGGAUGGGAUGCAUCUGCAUGAGAGCUACCCACGCUGUCGUCGCGGCGCUGCGAUGCGUUGAACAGAGUCGAAUGGAGGCACAGAGUUGCUGUCGCCGUAGCCGAUGCCCACGUAGCACUCGUGGCAGCUCUACUCCCGUCCAUGCCCGUCCCAGUCCGUUUCGCAGAUGUGAGGACCAUGGGUCCACUACCGCCGCUUUGCUGAUUGCAUGUAGCUGUUGGUUGGCACUGCACUGUCGAGCGUCCCGAUGAGGCACCAUGGAUCCUGUGGCUGCUACUCGAUGUGUUGCACUUGUGCUGAGGUCGAGCGACUUGGCUGUUGAAGCCGAUGUGAAUUCCGAAGUGCAUUGUGGGUUAGACUGCUAUCGUUCUAAUCCUUCUAAUCACCCAGCGAGCGCGAUUGGUCUGCGCUCUUCAUCUAUC